AUGUCGGCUCCCAGCGAACGUGUCCUGGCGCCCCUGGCCGUGCUGGGGCUGCACCUUCUGCUUUUGUCCAAUGUGGCGCUGCACCGCCCCGACCUGCUGACUCCGACCAAGCGCACGGUGCUGGAGUGGCUGCUGGCAUUGGGGGCCAUCCUGGCCUAUGUCAGGACCGUUUGUUGCGACCCGGGCUUCUUGGCCUCCAAACCCCGUGCCCCUCGCUGUGCUUCUGCGGCGGCCCCGUUGCUCUGCUUGUGGCCCUGGCGGAACAGAGCGCUUGGGUCGGAGGUCCGGCGACCGACCUACAUGGAUACAGAGCUGCAACCGAUUGGAUGGCAACUGGAGGAAGAAGUGGAAGAUCCAGGCGAAGAGAUCAUAUCGCUGGAAGAACUCAGCAAAGACAGUAAUCUGAGCCCAUCGGAUGCGGCUCCACCCACUGCCCCACCUCCCCCCAGUCAGCUGGCGCAGUUUCAGUCCAAGUCGCGUGCGAAGCUCCGCUUCUGCAAGGUGUGCCAGAUGCAUCAGCCUCUGAGGACCAAACACUGCCGAGACUGCGGGAGAUGUGUUCGCACACACGAUCACCAUUGUCCCUGGGUGGGCACCUGUGUUGGUGAAGGGAAUCGUGUCUAUUUCUUCUGGUUCCUGGUACUGCAGUGGUGCGAGUUGCUGGUCUUCACCGUGGAGUCCUGCGCUUUCUUUGCCCACGAUGGCUUAGCUCCCCCCAGCUGGCUGCGGCGAGCGCCGCUGCUGCUGCUUGGGACCCUGGUGAAAUGUAUGCUGCUGGUAAUGGUGACGUGCUUGGUGUGUUUUCAUUCAUAUCUGGCGCUGGCAAAUAUCACCACCUGGGAGAGUAUCUCAUGGUACAACAUCUCAUAUUUGAAAAGUUUGAGCCCUGAAGAUGGCUCGCCCUUCUCUCAAUCCAUCCGCAUGAACCUGGCCAUCUACUGCUGUAGUGAUUGCUGCAAGGUUUUUCAGACAGAGGAUGGAUGGCUGCUGUGGGAAUUGGGGGAGCAACACAAUUCCCUGGAAUGCCAAUGCUGCGGUUCCUGUGCUUUCGACGUCGAAUAG